UUAGAACCUCUACCACCGAAAUUAUACUAGUUAUUUGCAUACAAGUGUGUGUGUGAGUGGAACUGAAGCGUUGUAGGAAUGUUGCAUGAAGCACAAUGAAGUCUUUCAUAACAAACAAUAAACAAAAUCACAAAAGCGAGUAAGCGACACAACACCGAACAUGCCGACUGAGCAAGGUUGCCUGGGUAUCCACCAUUAGGUUUAACAGCAACAACAUCUUAAGAGACAGUAAAGUGUUGCAUAAUCCCCGGGUCAUAAUCCACGGGAGCGGGUUAUUAGCCAGUCAGACCGACAGAAACAAAGCGAGAAGCGGAUUCGUGAUAUUGUAAUCGAUUGAAACAGUAACGAUUGUGAAGAACAGGUGCAGUGUAAGAAUCGUCUUCUCCUGACAGCGGGAGAGAUGUCUAAGGUGAUGGCCAGGCGCAUCAACGAACUGCAGACCCCAGCCUUCGUGGUGGACCUGCCGAAGGUGCGGAAGAAUGCUGCCGCAAUGAUCGAGCGCUUCAGAAACACAGGGGUCCGACUGCGCCCCCACAUGAAGACUCACAAAACUGUGGAAUGUGCUGACAUCAUGACGGGGGGCUCCCGCCGCUGCAUUGUCGUGUCCACGCUGGCCGAAGCCUUCUUCUAUGCGGAGCACGGCUUCGAUGACAUCCUGUACGCAUACCCGCUGCCCAUCGACAAGCUGGCACGCUGCGCGGAGCUGGCACAGAGACUCUCCCUCUUCCACGUGCUGGUGGACAGUGUCGCCGCCCUGCAGGAGCUCCGCAACACACCCCUGACCGGAGGCAAGCUGUGGAGCGUCUGGCUGAAACUGGACUGCGAGAACAAACGUGCUGGAGUUCCUCAUGAUGACCCCGCAGCUCUUGAUCUAGCGAAGGCCAUAUCUGAGAGCCCAGGAGUGACGCUGACUGGGGUGUACGCACACUGUGGGAACAGCUAUGACUGCACAGCACUGGAGGAGAUCCACGCUGUUGCACAGGCCACAACUACAGCUACUCUGCGCUUCAUGGACAAGUUGAAAGCGGCUGGUAUUUCUUGUCCCGUGUCCAGCAUUGGUUCCACUCCCUCCUGCAGUCACCCCGUUGCAGACAUGGCCUUGCUGAGUGAGGUGCAUCCUGGGAACUACGUCUUCUAUGAUGUCCAGCAGUCUCUGAUUGGUUCCUGCAAGCUGGAGGACGUGGCAGUCCGAGUGCUGACUCGGGUGAUUGGUCACUACCCUCACCGGAACCAGCUGCUGGUGGACUGCGGCUGGACCGGGCUCAGCUUGCACAGCCUGGGGCGCCUGGACACAGGGUACGCGGUGAUCGACGGGCACCCAGAACUCAGGCUGAUCGGGAUGACCCAGGAGCACGGCCGGAUCGAGCCAGUCUCGGGACACCUGGAAUUUGAGAAGUUUCCUCUGGGUUCCCUGCUUUCGAUAAUUCCCUACCAUUCCUGUGCUACAGCGGCCAUGCACCCAGUCUACUUCGUGCACUCGAAUGGAGAGAUUGAGACCACUUGGAAACCCACUCGAGGCUGGUAAACCAGCCCAGAACACGGCCAGACCGGGGACACCGCCAAGAGAAGAGCACCAGCAGUGUUGUAGUGAUCUAACCAGAGCAGAUAUUAGAGCUAGCAUGUGUGGGGUGCGCACAAUUCAAUCAUUCUCUCACUGACCUGGAAUAUUUGGUUUCCAGUUGCUGUCUUUCAUCACAUUCUUGAAACUUCUUUUUAACAGACAUGAGCUCAGCAAGGUUCAAAGCAGUAUGUUCUCUGUUAAAGACCAUUACCACAUACUUCUAGUUCUUCUUUUUGCUAUGAAUCUGGCUGUUAUUAAACUCUUUAUGGCUGGCAUUAACUUUAACCCA